AUGCUUCGAUCUCGGUGUACCACUCCCUCCGAUUCCGGUUUCUCUGCAGAGGCAGUUUAUUGGGCUUCUGCACCUUCCCAAGUGAAUGGUACCACGAAUAAUCGACAUUCUGAAGUGAUACGGUAUCGCUCACCGAUGAACAGUUUCGUAUGCAGGAGCCUCGCCAGGAGCCUUUUGCUUUUUUCUUCACUCUUCGGUCCUAUCCAGAAUUUUCAUCAUCGUUUAACGAAACAAGAACUGAAACGAAUUUUCGCUGUAUCGCAUCACAGAGACGUGCCGGAAUAUGCGCUUAUCGACGUAAACAGAAGUGAACUCAGUGACGGAACUACGCAUUUAUUAUUCGAUGCUUGGGAUCAGAAAUUCCACGUUGAUCUUAAGCCUAAUCUCAAACUACUCAGUCCUCACCUGAUCUCAGUAGUGCGUGACGGCAAAAAGAGCUGGAAAAGUCGAGGAUUACCGGCUCAUCUGAAAGCAGACUGUCACUUCCACGGGAAAGUGCUGUCGCACAACAACGUUUCGGCGGCGAUAUCCUACUGCGACUGUCUGACAGGUGCCAUUAUAAUGGAUGAUCAUUUGCUCUUGUUACAAACAGUUCCGCAACGACUUAGAUACGUCCAUCAGGUCAAACAACAACAUAUCAUAUAUAAACGCGAAGUUGGUCAGCUUUCUAACUUGGAAUAUACAUUGGAGGAACACUUAUCAAAACUAAACGAGCAGUCGAUCGAGGAAGAAUUUUGUGACAUCAGUAAGUUGGUUGAUGAUGCGGCUGGCAUGUUCGAUAAAGCUGAUAAAGCUGUCAUUGCUGUCACUGCAAUCAGAGCUGCUGCAGCGGAAGGAUCAACGUUCAACUACACAAUGCCCGCAGAGGGUAAUCUCGACUCACUUUUCAUCUUCCCACAGUUGGAUCCGAUAACCUUGGAAAUUGGACUUUUUCUGGAUUCCAAACUCUAUGAGCAUUUCCAACGUGAAUACAUCGGUGAUCCGGAACAGCAUUUGGUGGAUUUUUCCCUUGCUUUGAUCAACAAUGUACAUGUCCUUUAUCAGCAACCAUCAAUGACCCCAAAUCUGGACAUUGUCAUCGUGCGAUUUGAAUUGUGGAAAAAACAACCGACUGCACUUGAUACAUUAGCACAUCGGAACGGACAAGCGCAGAUACUGUUGAAUCUGUUUUGUCGUCAUCAGGCAAUCCUCAAUCCCGGGACUGAUUUGACCGAUCCGGAGCAUUGGGAUCACGGAAUUCUUCUUACCGGAUAUGACAUUUAUCACACAACGACAUCGGUUGCGGGCGUUGCACCUGUGGCACGAAUGUGUGAUGAGAUAUUCGCAUGCAGCCUGGUGGAGGGAAUGCAUCUUGGCCGGUCAUUUGUUCUGGCUCAUGAAAUGGGGCACAACAUGGGUAUGGUUCACGAUGGGAUUCAGAAUCAGUGUAGCCGAAGUUGCUGUCUGAUGUCGGCAGUGAAUGGCGCUGGAAAAACCACCUGGAGCGAAUGUUCCGUGCGUGAAUUCAAUGCAUUCUUAUUGCACUUGGAUGAGAGUGGUCGCGGUAACUGUCUGCGUGACGGAUCAGAAGGACUUUUGAUUUAUAAUCACAUGAAGGAUGGCCGCUUACCUGGACAACGCUUUACAGCUGACCAGCAGUGUUCUUAUUUUUGGGGCAGAGAUUUUGAGGAUAUCUGUCGCAUACUUUGGUGUGGAAACGAUGGCUCCACAAUAUCAACAGCUCAUCCUGCAUUGGAAGGAAGCUGGUGUGGCGGUAACAAGUUCUGCAUUGAAGGCCAGUGUCGGCAAUGGCCACAACGAACAGCUCCUGCCAAGAUAGAUGGUGGCUGGACCGAAUGGAGUAGUAAGGAAAAACGAUGUCCCAUCAAUCAAUGCCAAAUAACGGAUAGUAUCCAAAUUAAGAGUCAGAUGCGGACAUGUACCAGACCUGCGCCUAACAAUGGUGGUAGAAAAUGUGUAGGCUCCAAUAUACGUGGCUUAAUUUGUGGUAGUGUGAAAUCAAGUUGCAAAGCGAUGACAUUCUUAGAAUAUGGUACCAAAUUAUGUACAGCAAUAAAAAAUGAUCAAGAAAAGCCGGACCGUCAACUUACCGGUGCUACAUUUCUUCACAGUACACAGCCAUGUAAAAUCUGGUGUCACUUGGUUGAUUCGGAACUGAUCCGAAAUAAGGGUCACUAUCCGGAUGGUUCACCCUGCGGGCAUGGACGAUUUUGUGUUGGAGGGAAAUGCUUGACAGUGAUGUGUAAUAAUAAAGCCGUCGUGGAAAGCAGGGAAGACUGUCCCGAGAAUGAUCAGGAAUGGAGUGAAUGGAGCGGAUGGUCUGAAUGCUCAGUUUCUUGCGGUUCUGGUGGAAAGGAACAACGAAAGCGAAUCUGUCAUUCGCAGAGAUGUGUCGGUGAAUCAGUGGAUUCUCGAUCAUGUCUUCCUGAAGUACCGUCUUGUCCGGAGCCGGAAAAGUGGAGCGAAGAGGGGGUGCACAUUUGCAAUUGUUCCAAAGAAGGAAGCGAGUGCGGCAAGGAUAGCUGUUCCGAGUGGAAUGAGUGGGAAUUGUGGUCUCCUUGCAGUGUGAGCUGUGGUAGUGGACAGCGGAGUAGGAAACGGCACUGUGGUGGGCCCAAUGGAUGUGAAGGUGAAGGCACCCAAAUUGAGCCUUGUGAGGUUGCUAAGAAAUGCAUAUUGGAAAUAUGGGGUGAUUGGUUGCCUUGCUCGGCAUCAUGCGGGUUGGGUUUUCAGUUACGUGAGCGUUUGUGUGAUGGAUCGUUGUGUGCUAGUGGACAAAAGCAGGCUAGAACGUGUAAUGAGAAAGACUGCAGUAAUGGUGGAGCAUUACUGCAAUUGUGGAGCGACUGGUCCGACUGGUUGUCCUGUUCUGCCUCCUGUGGUGAAGGUAUACAAAUCAGAGUCCGGAAAUGUAUUACGGGGAAUUGUCUAAAAUCGGAUUCAGCAAUUGAUCAGCGACGCUGUGUUUUACGUCCAUGUCCCGAAUGGACUACAUGGAAUGAUUGGAGUGAUUGUUUAACUUGUGAACAUAAGGAAGCACGAUAUCGUAACCGACAUUGUCGAAUAGGCCUGAUACGAGCUGGUGAUGAUGGACGUGAAUGUCCUGGUGAAGCGAAAGAGACAGAAACUUGCGAUGUUGCAUGUGAAGCAUUGGCAAGUACAGGCGACAGGAAAUCACAUCGCAAAGUACUGUCAGAUCGUAUUGAAGCGAUGAUUAAUCCGGAUCCGGGAGCAAAAGCGCUGGCCGUAUGGGAUGAGUGGCAAGAGUGGCAGCCAUGUGCGAACAUGCACACCUGUGGUACAGAUACUCGCAUAAGGAAACGUAUUUGUCGAAAUGGUAUUAAUUGCACAAAAGGAGAAUCAAUUUUAGAUAUUCAGUUAUGCAACAAUAACUCAUGUCUUAAUUCCGGUGAAUUAUCCUAGUGUCGUGAGUAUACGACAGGAGAAGGUAUAUUUAGGCCCAGUGCUAAAGCUAUGAAGUUAUACUUCAUCUCAUGUGAGAAAGAAGUUCAGUUGGAAGUUAAUGUUGAAAUUGUCGAGAAUUCACAGUUCCACAGCAUAGAAAUUGUUAGGAGUGGUAGCGUGUUGGUUUUGUUAAGCUUUGGCAACCGAGCAUGGUGCAUUUUGUUCAACAGUGAGUUGAGCCCGUGGUCAGAGUGGUCAUCCUGCUCAACUUCUUGCGACGAAGGCCUGCAAGUCAGAUUUAGGAAGUGCAAGGCAUCAUUUGUGUUCCUGUGCAGUGAAACAUUGGUGGAAGAGCGAUCGUGUAAUAAUGCACUCUGUCCAGAUGGCUUAUCCACAGUUGCAAGCUCUUCGCAAUUUGUAAGGCUCUUGUUAUGACGACGAUUUUGCCAAAUUGUGGAGCCAUCACUGCAGGGAUUUUGCGUCGGUUCUAUUUUGGAGAAGAGAAGAUGUACUCCGCAUAGAUGUCGUAUGUGUUUGUUUGGAGUUUAUUCCAUCCAGCCAGCCACUAUCAUGAACUUAAGAUCUGCGAUUAUGUUUCAGUUUCUGAAAGUGGUGAUUGGUCUAGCUGGAGUGAGUGGAGCUCGUGUUCAAGCAGCUGUGGAACUGCUGGUCAUCAGAUCCGAAGCAGAAUGUGUUCUAACCCAGUGCCUUCUAACAGAGGUUCAUACUGCACCGGUUCCUCGUUUGAUCAACGGCAUUGUGUACCAGAAAGGGCCUGCGUUAGGACGCCAAUUAACGGGGAGUGGACAUCAUGGUCUGAAUGGUCCCAAUGCUCCGAUUCCUGUGACAAUGGUCAUCGAUCCCGAACAAGAUCCUCGUCCAUCGGAAGGUGGCUUGCAAUGCAUUGGCUCAGAUUUUGAAAUAACUCCAUGCAACAAUAUGUCGAGUUGCCUUCAGUAGAGAACACAUUUCAAAGUCGCUCAUCAGCACGUACGUAAGCAAACAGCACGUCUGAUGCGCUGUGAAGGUUUGCAACGUAAAAUGGAGCAUGGACUGAGGGUUCAAAUACCAAUCGUGUCAACGGCACUGCAAAAUGCAAUCACCUCAGGACACUGUCUACAUGAUGUGCAAGACUGCAUCCUGCAAGGUUCCAUUGAUGGAUUAUGA